UUUUUUCCUUAUACCCAAAGAAAAGAAAAAGAUCAUUUCUUCUUUAUCUGGCAAGUGCAUUCACUUUCAUGUUUAUUUUGGAUCGUUCCUUUCUUCUUCCAAGCAAUCGUUGAACCUCCCUUUCCAAUUUUCGAGGGUUUUUCCGGCCACACCCCAUCCAAAAAUCUUCUCUUUGUUCUUCCAUAAUCACACACACUAUACCCUUCAAUCAAUUAGCCCCAUCAUUCAUAUUUCAAGGUUUUUGUCAUUGUAAUGUUUAAGGAGGCAAAUUAUGUCAUUUCUGUUCUGGUUUGAGAGAGUUAAUUUGUGCUUUUUGAAUGGAAAGGAAAAGAAGUGAUGACUUUGAAUCAGGUUCACUUCCUUCACCAAGAGCGUUGGAUAGAUUCGGCUUUGUAAAACAGGAUGCUAACACUUCUGAGGCCGUAGUCAAGACUAAUAGAUCAGCAUAUGAGUAUGAGAAAAUUAAGGAGCGGAGAAGGGUUAGAAAAUGGAGGAAGAUGAUUGGGGUUGGUGGUAGUGAUUGGAAACAUUACCUAAGGAAAAAACCUAAUGUUGUUAAAAGGCGUAUAAGGAAAGGAAUUCCUGAUUGUUUAAGGGGUCUUGUUUGGCAGUUAAUAUCUGGAAGCCGAGACCUAUUGCUGAUGAAUCCUGGAGUUUAUGAGCAAUUGGUGAUAUAUGAGACAUCUGCAUCUGAAUUGGAUAUAAUUCGAGAUAUUUCUCGGACUUUCCCUUCACAUGUAUUCUUCCAACAAAGACACGGACCUGGGCAGCGGUCUCUCUACAAUGUUCUAAAAGCUUAUUCAGUUUUUGACAGAGACGUGGGAUAUGUCCAGGGAAUGGGGUUUUUAGCUGGUCUUUUGCUUCUUUACAUGAGCGAGGAGGAUGCAUUUUGGUUAUUGGUGGCAUUGCUUAAAGGUGCCGUUCAUGCGCCAAUGGAGGGGCUGUAUCUGGCAGGAUUGCCUCUGGUACAACAAUACCUCUUUCAAUUCGAACGGUUGGUGAGGGAGCAUCUACCGAAGUUGGGAGAACAUUUUUCUCAAGAAAUGAUAAAUCCUAGCAUGUACGCAAGCCAGUGGUUCAUAACUGUAUUUUCAUAUUCCUUUCCAUUCCAUUUAGCUCUGCGAAUCUGGGAUGUGUUUCUCUAUGAGGGUGUUAAAAUUGUUUUUAAAGUUGGCUUGGCCCUAUUAAAGUACUGCCACGAUGACUUGGUUAAAUUACCUUUUGAGAAACUGAUACAUGGCUUGAAAAACUUCUCCGAGGAUGCAAUGAAUCCUGACACGUUAUUGCCUUUGGCUUAUUCCAUCAAGAUAACAAAGCGUUUAGAAGAUCUGAAACUUGAGUACGAGAAGAAGAAUGGAAAGAUAAGUCGAUCGGGAGAAAUUUCUGAAAAUGAAAAGCCAAUUCUUCCUAGCAUCCAGAGCAACUGAAGCAGAAGUAUAACACACAGAAGGAUACGAGUAAAAAGUCAUUUUGGUUUCUAAAUGUGAGGCGUUGUUGUCACUAUAGUUCUUAGUUCUUGAAAGUAUGAAAUUACAGAAACAUCAUAAAGUAUGUUUUUGUUAUUAAUUUGAUGAAUCACAUUUAUUAAUGGAAGACACGUUCAAUGACCAAACUAACAAACAAAAUACACAUUUAAGUACGAUUUGGUAUUUUUGUACCAUUCAAGAAGAACUAUUGCGACAACGCCUCAAACAUUUAAAGACUAGAAUGGACCUGUAGAACUAUUUGAAAAUCGAACACCUGUAAAUGUAGGUCUCUCUUGUACAAUUGUAUUAGUUAAUGACUGUUUUCAUCUCAGUGUGUUCUCAGCCUUCAGUGAAUGUGAAAAUCUGUUGACUCAA